AAGCAAAUUCUUAUUCACCCUAUCUUGCUAUUGCAAACAUUCCCUCAUAUUCCUUAAUCUACCCCUCAACCCAUUUUUCCCAACAGUUCCGGUCACUGAUUUGAUUGAUGGUGUUUGUGACGGAAGCUGCCGUACAGAGAGGUUCCGCCACACGGAAGGGCAGAGGUGAGAGGGAUAAGGAUAGGAUGGACUAAAGAAAAGCGAAUACACAGGGGUAGACUACUAUAUACUACGAUCGGACGCUGUGCCAGCCAAACACCGUCAAAUGCCAAUCAAAUUAUCACGGGAUUCCUGUAAUGCAACAUUUCCGCUACAUACGCCCUCCAGCUCAACAACUCGCGAUGAGCUUACAGAAUCAAAUAACGCAUUUAUUUUCUAAAAUUUCUCUUAAAUUCAUAUUAGGCGCUGUGCUCGAGGUGGUCUCGAACAUCUGCA